AUGAAGCCACCCACUUAUGCAAUAGAGUUUGCAUUCAUAACAGCUAACUUAUUCUUUCUCAAACUGUACUCUGAGAACGCUUAUAUAACAACAUCAUACUUCAGCAUUCUAAUUCCAAUGAUGGCAUUCUUUGUGAUAACUUUGCUUGGAAAUCUGCUGAAAUUCAUUCAAUUCAUGCAUAUUGAGGAUCAAGUUGAUGAUGGUAGUAUUUUGACGAGGAAGCAAGCUAAACUACUGAUCAAAGUUUUCAUCAAUCUAAUGUCAUACUUUGGAUUGUAUUUCAUGUCUGGUCAGCUAGAUCUCUAUGUUAAAACUUCAGAUGACUUUGAUAAGAUCUAAAUAUUGCCUGCUGCUAUUGCCAUCGAAGUUGCAUUUAUACUAUAAAUUUAUCAGAAUUAUAAGACACGUAAAUUGAUUAUUGAGAGGUCUGCUAAAACUAGUGAUGAUCUUGAGCACGGUGUGGGUGCUAGUUUAUUCUCAAGUACAGGACUUACUACAUUAUUCAAUGCAAUGACAUAAACCACAACUACAUUAUGUGCAAAUGGUCAAUGCUUCACUAUUUACUCAAAUACAAUUGCAUCAAAUUUAGCUGCAUUUGGAGUUUCGAUGACAGCUAUUACUACUUAUCUAGUACCUUUAUGCUUUUUACUCCUCUCAUACAGUGUUUGGACUUUGUAUAGAGAAAAGAGAUCUUGCUUCUACAAGCCUUUUUUACUUGGGCUUACUGGUGCAACUUUGAUUUGCUUGGAUAACUUUAUCUUAGGGGAGAGACUUAAUUUACAAAAUAUUCCAUCUUGGGCAGGAAACGCCUUCCUUAUCAUAGCAACUAUAUGGGCUGGGAGAGAUAGUUCGAAAGAAAAGAACACUCCUUUUGGAAACUGGGAAUGA